AUGUUCUCAAAGUCCUUUGCCAGAGCUGGCUUGAUUGCUAGUUUGGCUGUUACUACCGUUAAUGCUAUUUCCACAAUCUCUGCAACUGGUUCAAAGUUCUUCACAAGUGAUGGCGACCAAUUCUUUGUCAAGGGUGUCGCAUAUCAAUUGACUGAAGCCGAUCCAUUAAUCGAUACCAAACAAUGUCAACUCGAUGCCUCUUUGAUGAAAACCUUGGGCGCAAACGCUAUUCGUGUUUACCAUGUUGAUCCUUCCAGUGAUCAUUCUGGAUGCAUGUCUGCCUUUGCAGAUGCUGGAAUUUACCUCUUCUUGGAUUUGGAUACUUUCACCACCGCAAUCACCCCAACUAACGCGACUUGGGACGAAAGCCAAUACACAGCAUUCAGCAAAGUGAUGGAUGCUUUCGCCAAAUUCGAUAAUACUUUAGGCUUCUUUGUAGGAAAUGAGGUUAUUGCUAUGAACAACCAAUCUUUAGCGGCACCAUUUAUCAAAGCUGCUGCUAGAGAUAUGAAGGCGUACAGAAAGUCAAAAGGUUAUCGAGAAAUUCCAAUUGGUUACUCGGCAGCAGAUAUUGCGGAAUUACGUCCUAUGCUUCAAAAUUACCUUGCUUGCGGUACCAACAGUUCGGAAUCCAUCGAUUUCUUCGGUUUGAAUGCAUACGAAUGGUGCGGCGACAGUGAUUAUUCAACUUCUGGCUACAAAACCCUCAACACGUAUGCUGAAGGUUAUAAUAUCCCGAUUUUCUUCUCAGAGACUGGAUGCAAUACGGUUAAGCCAAGAACAUUCCAAGAUCAAGCAGCUAUUCUUGGUUCAGAUAUGGACGAUCAAUGGUCUGGCGCAAUUGUUUACGAAUGGAUCGAAGAAGCCAAUGAUUAUGGAUUGAUUAGCUAUGGGCCAACUGUAGCUGCUACUGUCGUUGCUACAAAUGUUGCAGGUGGUUUCUCUCGCGGUGGAACCCCAACCCCUGUUGCUCCCGAUUUUGCCAACCUUCAAAGUCAAUGGUCAACUUUGACUCCAACUGGUGUUGCAAGCUCUGCUUAUUCUCCUACUCUUACACCUCCUGCUUGCCCAGCUUCGACCUCUGGAGGUUGGUUGGUUGACGGGGAUGUCCCAUUACCAUCUAUUGGUCAGAAAGAAGCAACUGGCACUGGCACUGGCACUGCCACAACAACUUCUAAAUCAGCAUCCACUACCGCGAGCGCAACUGGCUCAGCUGCAUCCGCAACUUCAACAAAGGGAAGCGCAUCUGGUGGUAAGGAAAUCACCGGUAUGAGCGUUGGAUUAGCCGCAGUUAUGUUCGGUUUUAUGUACUGGCUGUAA